AUGGCAUACAUCCAACAGCUCGCAAAGUUGCGGCCAUUAGGCAAGCUCGAGCAAGUCUCAGCAUCCUGCCAUCACAUGGGUCUCUUCAACAAUGUCGGGCUCUCAGCUCACUACAGACUGACGGGGUCCGAUUCCAAGCUUCGCUCUAUCUCCAACCUGCGUGAUCUCAUAUUCGCCGCGACAGGAGAUGUGAUUCGCAAGCAUCGCAUCCUAUCUGCCAUUCCUGUGAAUGAAGGCGCUCCGGACACUUAUUUUGCCUCUCUUCCUUCUGUGGACCUCAAUCGAAGUAUUACCUUCCUCAAAAGAUCCCAGCCUUUAGCGACAGCUGGCAAUGGAGACGACAAAGAACUUGACUCAAUCCUCGAGGACCAGCACAACACGAACUUCAAGUCCGAAUACGGUACUUUGCCGUUUUGGCGCCUGAUUAUUCUACAAAAUCCUGGAUUGGGGACGGAGUUUACGGCUUCCUUCAUCUACCACCAUGCCAUUGGUGAUGGUGUCUCUGGUCUAGCUUUCCACAAUGCGUUCCGUAAUGCUCUAGAGGCGGCUUCCGCCUCUCCAUUGGCUGAUUUCAAGGCAGAGGAAACUGUUGUGCCGAGUGAGGACACUUCGCUUCUCCCACCCCUUGGACAAUUGCAUCCUCUCCCCAUCAACCCAAGUCCACCCUCUCCUCCCGCAACGAACCUCCAGGAGUGGACGGGUAACUCCAUAGAUGCGCCUUGUACUUCCCGCUGGGCAUCUAUUUGUCUGUCCCCGAGCGUCUCGAAGGCGUUCUUUCAAGAAUGUAAAGAGAAGAACCUAUCAGUAACCUCUGCACUCUCGUCUAUCGUUGCCACAGUCUUGUUUGGAAUCCUUCCACCGACCGUGGAGGCCCUCACCUGCAUUAUCCCGGUCAGCUUACGACCAUGGCUCAAGCUACCGCGUGGAGUUGUAAAUGACGCGAUUGGAACGUACUUCGAUGCGACUAGGGUACAGUUCACGCGGCCCGAGCAGAACUUCCCGAAUCCUGGUUCGACAGAUAUCUGGUCUGGGGCCGAGAAAGCUUCGAAAUCGAUAAAUGACUACCUCUCUAAUGUCUCGCCCUCUGGAGAGCCUUACACAUCGGUUGCAGUCUUCGAAACCAUCCCAGAUAUCUCUGCAGCCUUAGUUUCCAUGUUCGGAAAGCCUCGCGACGCAGCUUUUGAAGUGACGAAUGUUGGAGUCUUCUCAUCUCCCACUAUUCGUAAGGCCAACGAGGAUACUCCUCUCUGGGAGGUAGAAAAAGUGCUCAUUAGCCGGAGCUCUAUUGCCACCGGAGCCGCAGUUACUGUCAGUGUAGCCACUGGUGGUAAUGGAGCCAUGGCGAUAGGUUUCAGCUGGCAAGACGGUGUCCUGACGGAAGAUGUUAUGGAACACGUCAUUCAAGGCGUCAAGAAAUACUUUGAGAAGUAUUAAAAGGCCGUAACUGGGGUUGCAUAUAGGCUGUAGCCCAAACUUCCCAGACAUAGCAUGGAUCUUGCAACAUUACAGAGACAAUAGACUAGGAACCCAUUGCUCUUAGCAUGGUUAUAUGGACAACUUUGGGAUGUAGAGCAACCACUCAUAGUGCAAACCCGGGUAUGAAGCAACAUCAUAUAUAGAGAUCUAUAUCUAUGCUUAGUUGAUGUAGAAGUACAGAACGUACCAGACCUAGUAUGAGCAUAAUAUCUAAGAAUAUCCAUUUUAGGCUCCAGCUUGGUGGCAGACCUUUUGCCGAGUACUAUAUAUUGGAAGCAGUCGACUGAUUCUGUGGGCUACACAACUUCAAAUACACCAGUCAUUCUAAAUAUUAGCUCUUAUUCUCGU